GAUCUUCCCUAAUUGCUUAUAUCUUUGUUAGUAAAAAAUCAUCAGUAUUGUUUCUUGCAAAACCCAUUACAGAUUUCAGUUCUUUCAUGCAAGAAGACUGUUUCUUGAGUUUUGUUUUGUUGCUUUUGUUAUUUGUUUUCUUUUUGUUGGACACUAGUCUAGAUUUUCAGACAAAAGACUACUUUUGCACCUGAGAUAAAUCCAGAAAAAACACCAACUUUUGUCUUUUAUGAUUAUAUCUGAAAUCUCUAAUGCCUUUAGUCUUACAGUUUCAGGUUUAUAAUACCAAAGAUGCAAAACGUUUCUGAAGACCAAAACCAAAUGGUCACAAAUGAUAAACUUCCACCAUUUUCAUGGGAAAGGAAGUUGAACAGUCAAGCAAAAACACCUUCUGAGUUCAAAUUGAGUAAACGAGAUCAUCUUCAUCUGUUCCCAUUAGGCUACAGAUUGUGGCGUCACACCAAAGAAGAAGCCGCGAAAGGAAGAGCUUCGAUCUUCGACAUCUUUAGAAAACAUCAUAUAACUGGAGAUCAUGGUGUCCCUUUAGGAGGAAUUGGUGCAGGAAGCAUUGGGAGGAGUUACAAGGGUGAGUUUCAGCAGUUCAAGUUAUUCCCAAAAGUUUGCGAGGAAGCUCCAAUCCUCACAAACCAAUUCUCUGCUUUUGUUUCUCGCCCUGGCGGUGUGAAACACUCGACUGUUCUAUGCCCAACAAAGCCACAAGUUAUUAAAGACAAUGGAGGUUAUUUAUGCAAAGGCCAAGCUCCAAAUAUUGGAAUUGAGUCUUGGGAUUGGAACAUGACAGGGGAAAAAUCUACUUACCAUGCUCUUUAUCCGAGGUCUUGGACCGUUUAUGAUGGUGAACCUGACCCUGAACUCAGAAUAGUGUCUCGUCAAGUCUCUCCUUUCAUACCCCAUAAUUACGAAGAAAGCAGUCUUCCGGUUUCAGUUUUCAACUUCACGGUGACUAAUACUGGAGCAGAACAAGCAAUUGUUACUUUGCUCUUUACUUGGGAGAAUUCUGUGGGAGGAGCUUCUGGAUUAACUGGACAGCACUUUAACUCAACAAUGAAGGCAAAAGAUGGUGUUCAUGCAGUAGCUUUACAGCACAAGACAGCAAAUGGACACCCACCAGUUAGCUACGCAAUUGCCGCAAAGGAAACCGAGGAUGUUCGUGUCUCCUCGUGUCCUUGUUUCAUAGUUUCAGGCACUACUCCAAACAAAAUCACAGCAGGAGAUAUGUGGGAUGAGAUUAAAAAGAACGCAUCAUUCGACAAGUUAACCAGCAAUGCAUGUUUUCCUUCGAAACCUGGAACUUCCAUUGGAGCAGCCAUAGCAGCAAAGGUGAAAGUUCCACCUGGAUGUGACCGCACAGUCACAUUUUCUCUUUCUUGGGAUUGUCCGGAGGCUAGAUUCGACGAGAAGACUUACCAUAGACGAUACACAAGAUUCUAUGGCAGUUUAGGAAACGCAGCGGUAGCAAUGGCUCACGACGCUCUUCUAAACUUCUCUGAAUGGGAGACUCAAAUUGAAGAGUGGCAAGCUCCUAUUCUUUCUGACACAACACUUCCUGAGUGGUAUCGAGUAACUCUAUUCAACGAACUAUACUAUUUUAACUCAGGGGGAACCAUGUGGACUGAUGGUUUACCUCCAAAGCAAAGCUUAGAUAGUAUAGGAAGAAGAAAGAUCUCUCUCAGUAUAUCAACUAUAGACAAUACUGAUCCAGACCAGAACAACAUAGCCUUAGACAUCUUGGGAAGAAUCGAUGCGGUCUGCUCACAGAUUCACGCGCCUUUCUCCUCAAACGCUGCCCUUGGAACCAGUAUGAUUCAGAACUCCGUGGAGAACAUUGGACAGUUUCUUUAUCUAGAAGGAACUCAAUACCUAAUGUACAAUACUUACGACGUUCAUUUCUACUCGUCUUUCGCAUUGCUUAUGCUUUUUCCAAAACUCGAGCUAAGCAUUCAGAGAGAUUUCGCGGCUGCGGUUCUGAUGCAUGAUUCGAGUAGGAAACAAGUCAUGAGCUCAGGGGAAUUUGUUACUAGAAAAGUUCUAGGAGCUGUUCCUCAUGAUAUUGGUUUGAAUGAUCCAUGGUUUGAAGUAAAUGCUUAUAACUUGUUCAACACGAAUAGGUGGAAAGACUUGAACUCCAAGUUUGUUCUUCAAGUUUACAGAGACGUGGUUGCCACUGGUGAUCUAAACUUUGCGAAAGCGGUUUGGCCAUCGGUUUACACUGCGAUCGCUUACUUGGACCAGUUUGAUAAAGAUGGAGACGGCAUGAUUGAGAACGAAGGGUUUCCAGAUCAGACUUACGACGCGUGGUCUUGUUCGGGUGUUAGUGCUUACUGUGGCGGUCUCUGGGUCGCGGCUCUUCAGGCCGGAUCUGCAUUGGCCCGUGAAAUUGGGGACAACGGGGCUGCGGUUUACUUCAAUGCCAAGUAUGAGAAAGCGAGAAGCGUUUAUGAGAAGCUUUGGAACGGUUCUUAUUUUAAUUACGAUAACAGCAAAAGCGGCUCAAGCUCUUCGAUCUUGGCUGAUCAAAUGGCUGGACAAUGGUAUGCGAGAGCUUGUGGUCUGAAGCCAAUAGCAAAAGAAGAGUGGAUCAAGAAAGCGUUGGAGACAGUUUACGACUUUAAUGUGAUGAAAGUGAAAGAAGGAACACGUGGAGCUGUGAACGGGAUGUUACCUGAUGGACGAGUAGACACAAGCACGAUGGUGUCAAGGGAGGUUUGGGCAGGGACUACUUACUCGGUCGCUGCUUGUAUGAUUCAAGAAGGACUUUCAGAUAAAGGGUUUAAAACAGCAAGUGGAAUAUACGAAGCCGCGUGGUCUGACCGCGGUCUCGGCUGCUCAUUUCAAACACCAGAAGCAUGGACAACAAAUGAUGAGUAUAGGUCACUUUGUUACAUGAGGCCUUUAGCUAUAUGGGGGAUACAAUGGGCACACACAAUGCCACAACCUAAGAGAGAACAAGAACAAUCAUUAAGGCCACAAGAGGAAGAGGAAACGUCUGUGUUGUUUCAACAACAUGCUGGGUUUAUCAAAGUGGCUCACUAUCUGAAAAACACCAAGGGAAAGGACCAUAGAAACCGUCUCCAGACUACUUAUGAGACCUUCCUCAGAUUAAUUCGCCUAUAGGCCAAGUCACAACCCUAAUUAUGAGUUGCAUGAUGUCCAAGUUCUGUUCAAAUAUGUAAAGCUUAUUAUCUUUGGUUUCUUUUACAGCUCUUGCUAGUCUUGUUCCAUGCGUUUAUUUCAAUUGUUAGAUAUGACUUUAAGAUUAUAAACGAAAGCAAGUGUUAAUAAACUUUCUACACUGUCUUGGAUGUU